AUGAAAAAGCCGCUUUUGGCGGACUAUCUUCAUAACAAUGUUUUAAUUGACCCAAAGCAGCUAAUUGGCGAGGCCCUUCACAACCGUGCGGAGUCUGUUGACCAUGAGCUGUGCGAGCCUGGCGAUGAGGAUACUUUCUUUGUCGCCGACCUCGGCGAGGUCUAUCGGCAGCACCUCCGAUGGAAGAAGAACUUGCCUCGAAUCAAACCGUUCUAUGCCGUCAAGUGCAACCCGGACCCCAAGGUGCUCCGCCUUUUGGCUGAACUGGGCACCGGGUUUGACUGUGCCUCCAAAGGGGAGAUUGAGCAGGUGCUAGCUAUGGGAACCACUCCCGAGCGCAUCAUCUAUGCUCAGCCAUGCAAGACGAACUCGUACGUUCGCUUCGUUAAGAAUGCAGGGGUCAAGCAGAUGACAUUCGACAACGCCGACGAACUGUACAAGAUUGCGAAGCUCUACCCCGAAGCCGAGCUGUUCCUGCGCAUCAUGACCGACGAUGCCUCUAGCCUUUGCCGCCUCAGCAUGAAGUUUGGUGCCGCCAUGGAUACCACCGAGGGCCUGCUGGCUGUCGCUAAGAACCUAGGACUUAACGUGGUCGGUGUCAGCUUCCACGUCGGAUCUGGUGCCUCAGACCCCCUUGCCUUCUGCAAGGCCGUUCGAGAUGCCCACACCGUGUUCCAGCAAGCUGCUGAGUUUGGCUUUGCCAUGCGCACCCUUGACGUGGGUGGUGGGUUCUGUGGAGAUACUUUUGAGCAGAUGUCGGGUGUUCUUCGCGAUGCCUUGGACGAGUUUUUCCCUGCCGGUAAUGGUAUCGACAUCAUUGCUGAGCCCGGCCGUUAUUAUGUCUCCACAGCGUUCACCAUUGCCUGCAACAUCAUUGCUCGCCGUACUGUUGAGGACCCUACUCUUGAUGGCAAGGGGUACAUGGUCUACAUCAACGAUGGUGUUUAUGGCAACUUCUCUAGCAUCAUGUUUGAUCACCAGCACCCGGUAGCUAAGAUCCUCCGGUCGGACGGACGCACACUCUACAACACGGCGUCUGCUAACGCCUGCAACGCUGGCGAGGGAGUCGAAUACUCGGUCUGGGGUCCCACUUGCGAUGGUAUUGAUCGCAUUAGUGAGAGUAUUCGUUUCGAGACUAUCCUCAACGUCGGUGACUGGCUGUACUUUGAGGAUAUGGGUGCGUACACCAAGUGCUCGGCUACUCAGUUCAAUGGAUUCUCCAACUCUCACGAUGUCAUCUAUGUGUGCAGCGAACCUGGGGCCAAGUUUCUGUUGAACAUGUAG